ACAACUUUUCCAUUAAAAUGACAAUCUUCAUAACCUCAUGCAACCUUACUUGAAGGAAAGGCAAUUGUAGAAGUUGAGUGCUAAUUAUAAGACAAGAGUUACAAGUUCUGUUUUUCUUUUUCUGUUUGUUUUUAACAUUACAUAAUACUUUCAACAGUAUUCUUGUUAAUACAAUCAUUUUGUUUGCAGGUUGUAUUUCCUCACUUGGAGGAAUUAAAACUUGUUGAUUUGCCAAAUGCAAGUGACUUAUGGUGCAGUGAACUUUCAACAGGAUCAUUCUGUAAACUAAGAUCUCUCGUGGUGAGAGACUGUCACGGAUUAGUAAGAAAUGUUCUUCCUGCUCAUAUAUUGAAAGUGCCACCGAAUCUAGAAAAAGUGGAAAUAUAUAACUGUGAUUCGGUGGAAGAGGUAUUCAGAUUAGGUGGCCAACAAGGAAAUCCCCUUGAAAACAUAAGAACCCUAAUUGUUAGAUGUUGUGGCAGCUUGAGAAAUAUGUUCUCUCCUUCUGUUGCUAGAUGUUUUGUGCAUCUUCAAGAACUAAUAAUACAUGAUUGCUCAGCAAUGGAAGCAGUGGUGGCAAUGAGGAUGAGGAACAAAUGGGUGGAGAUUGGAUUUACGUUACUCUGUUCGCUCAAUUGAAACAUUUGGAACUCAGAGAUCUACCCUCACUCGGGAAGUUUUGCCAUGCUAUUCAUGACUGGGAAAUGCCAUCUUUACAUCACUUGGAAGCCGUUAAUUGCCUUGAAAUGCAGACUUUCUCUCCUGGAUUCGUGCAUGCCCCAAAUCUAUAUCAUGUAAAAGUGGAAGCAAAAUCGAUCCGGAUAAAAAGAGAUCUCAAUAAGACCAUUCGACACUUUUUUGAGAAGCAAGAAGAAGAAGAAGAAGAACAUCAUGAUGAAGAAGAGGAAGAGGAAGAGGAGGAGGAGGAACAGGGAGUAAGUUUCAACUGUAAACCUUGUUAG